GAUAUUUUUAUGAUAUUUCUUGAUAUUUUAAAGUAAUGACUUCCUUGAUAUGUGUGGUUUUAAUACUGUGCACUGCUUCAAUUACUGUGGCACAGUCUGACUACCUGCCUGUUGUGCUAUGGCACGGAAUGGGUGACUCAUGCUGCAAUCCCUCAACUAUGGGCCGUAUCAAAAACCUUAUUCAAGAACAGCACAAUGGAACCUAUGUUGUUAGCAUCAUGAUAGGCAACAGCAUCAUUGCAGAUGAAGAAUCGUCCUUCCUUGGUAAUGCUAAUGAUCAAGUAGCUUUCGUUUGUGAGAAGUUGCAAGCAGACCCAGAGCUCUCUGGUGGAUACCAUGCCAUAGGCUUCUCUCAGGGAGGGCAGUUCCUCCGUGCUGUGGCUCAACGUUGCCCCAGUCCUCCUAUGGUCAAUUUUGCAACAUUGGGCUCUCAACAUCAAGGUGUUUUUGGCUUCCCAACUUGUGACAACUUCACUGAACCUUUUUGUGAAGACCUACGAUUAGUGCUCUCUCAGGGCGCUUACCUCCCAGGGCUCCAGAAUCACGUGAUCCAGGCCCAGUAUUGGCACGACCCCUUGGACGAGGCAGGUUACCGCCAGGGCAACAUCUUCUUACCAGACAUCAACCAGGAAAAUACGAUAAACGAGAGUUACAAGCAGAACCUGUUGGCGCUGGAGAACCUGAUUCUGGUGCUGUUCCUGCAGGAUAUAACCGUCAUUCCCCGAGAAAGUUCGUGGUUUGGUUUUUACAAACCUGGUCAGGACAUUGAACUACAAACGCUUCAGGAGUCCGUUCUCUACACCGAGGAUCGCCUGGGCCUGAAGGCGCUGGAUGAGGCCGGCAAGCUGCACUUCCUAACAAGCGACGGCGGCCACAUGCAUUACACUGACGAGUGGUUCAUCGAAAACAUUCUUCCUUACCUCACCUAGUUUUUCCUAUGAAAAUACAUUG